UAUGGGAAGGAUCGCAGUUGCUUUAAAUUAUAGAAGUUGGCAAGUGCCUGGGAGAAGGAGUGGGAGGCUGCUUAAACUGAGAAAGACGGUUGCAGAACUUCUUCCGACAGCAUGAGCUCCGAGCUUCACACAUCCUCUACUUUUCACCAACGUACUUCUCUGCAUUGUUGUGGGGCAGCUUCAGCAGUAAACACAUUUCUGCUCUGAUUACUUUUGAAUGAUCUCUAAAUUCAUGGGAGAACCAAAGCAAAGAAGUCUCAUGUUUGGGGGAGAAGUCUGAACCCAGCAAUGCCCAGGAAAGAAAGAAUAUGAGAAAGAAAAGAAGAACCGAGGCAUGAGAAUGGAGCCGUGCUGAUGAAAUUCCAUUCCAUGGUACAAGCACUUGCGUCCUCAAUGAAGCACUUUCUCAAGGCUCACCACACUUGCAACCAAGCAAAGGCCACUAAUAGUGCUAUACCAUUUUAUAGCUGCCAGAAACAUAACUGAGAGACACAAAGAACCUUAUCCAGCGAUGUGUUUCCUAAUGGCCAAAACACAGGCAUCAAAACCAUGCAUCUGCCCCCACCUCCCACUAUGGACAUAAUACCAAAGGCUAAUGGGGCCGGGGAGAGUCUUUGGCUCCAGAUCUUUUACCAGCUGUGAGAUCCUUGGGAAGUUUUGCAACUUGGCCUUCACAUCCACUGCCAACUGAAGGCGAUGACAUUGAUGGCUGCCACAAAUAUUCUCUAUAGCAGCAAUUAGGAAACAAUAGCAGCCGGCCUUAGAAGAUCUGUCGGAGAGCCUUGAUUUUCCACAUAUGAAACAUGAGACAUUCAACUUGAACUUUAGAUAUUAUCAAGACUCGGCACUCUUUCCCAAACAUGAUUUGGGGAACAAGCCAGCAGAUAAAAAAGGAUAUUUACUUUUUUGUUUGUGAAGUAACAGCGAGGCGCUCUGCUGAGACUCCCUCACCAUUGGACGCCCUGACCUUGCAGGCUCCCUCUACCCAUCACCCUUUGAAGCCUGGAAAUACGCUUUUGAAAGCAAAUCAGGAAACCUAGUAUCAAUCUGAAGACACAAAAAAAAAUGUGCUUUUUGCUGGCAAAAGGAAAGGGGCUUUGAGCUAAAGUCCACAUCUGUGCGGAGUUCCAAGCAUCCAGCUGUUGGAAGUUCUUGCGAGCACUAGCCCAAGAUGAUUGUCCUGCUCUACGUGACAAGUCUUGCCAUCUGUGCAAGUGGACAACCUCGGGGCAAUCAGGCCAAGGGAGAGAGCUACUCUCCAAGGUACAUCUGCAGCAUUCCUGGCUUACCUGGUCCCCCAGGUCCUCCUGGAGCAAAUGGCUCCCCUGGGCCCCAUGGUCGCAUUGGCCUUCCUGGAAGGGAUGGUAGAGAUGGCAGGAAAGGAGAGAAAGGAGAAAAAGGCACCGCAGGUCUAAAAGGUAAGACUGGACCCCUGGGACUUGUUGGUGAAAAAGGAGACCAAGGAGAGACUGGGAAGAAAGGACCUAUGGGACCAGAGGGUGAGAAAGGCGAAGUCGGCCCAGCUGGGCCUCCUGGGCCAAAGGGAGACCGAGGAGAUCAAGGGGACCCAGGGCUGCCUGGAGUGUGCAGAUGUGGAAGCAUUGUGCUCAAAUCUGCCUUUUCAGUUGGCAUCACAACCAGCUACCCAGAAGAAAGGCUACCCAUCAUAUUUAACAAGGUCCUCUUCAAUGAGGGGGAACACUACAACCCCGCCACAGGGAAGUUCAUUUGUGCUUUCCCAGGGAUCUAUUACUUUUCUUAUGAUAUCACAUUGGCCAAUAAACACCUAGCAAUUGGGCUGGUACACAAUGGGCAGUACCGAAUAAGGACCUUUGACGCCAACACAGGGAACCAUGAUGUGGCUUCAGGGUCCACAGUCAUCUACCUGCAGCCAGAAGAUGAAGUCUGGCUGGAGAUCUUCUUCAAUGACCAGAAUGGCCUCUUCUCAGACCCAGGCUGGGCAGACAGCCUAUUUUCUGGGUUUCUCCUCUACGUUGACACAGAUUACCUAGAUUCUAUAUCAGAAGACGAUGAACUGUGAUCUGGACUGGAGGCCUGAAUGUUGCAACAUAAAUACCACAUGGCUUACACUUUGAUUUGAUCUGGGGUGCUAGAAAGUGGAGUAAGUGAGAAAAGGAUUCAGAAACUCCCUUUACAGACAGCUCUGGCAGAAUUUAUCAUAAUAAGACAAACCACCAACCAGUUGAAGUCACAACAAAAUGAACGACAUAAAAUAACUCCAGACAUGAACCCCUCAAAAGUAAUGAUGAUAAAUAUUUAAGCAAAUUAAAAGUAAUGUUGACAAAUUUGAAUGCCCUUGGUGAUACAACCAGCUGGCAGUGACACUGCCUCAUUAAAUAUUCAUAAAACUCCAGUUUUGUCUGUUAUUUAGGAUAAUCAUAACAUUAUAGACAAAUUCUUUGACAAUUCUCAAGAUUCAAAGAAAAGUAAGAGAUGCUAAAAAUUUUCUUUUCUUCCUUCUUUUUUUUUUGUUUUUUGUUUUUUGUUUUUUGUUUUUUUAGGGUUUCUCUGUGUAGCUUUGGAGCCUGCCCUGGCACUCACUCUGUAAACCAGGCUGGCCUUGAACUCACAUAGAUCCACCUGUCUCUGCCUCCUGAGUACUGGGAUUAAAGGCGUGCUUCCCCACUGCCCAGCCAAGAUACUAAGAAUUUUCUAACGAAUUAAAAAAGACUGAUACA